CAUUUUAUAGUGGGCAUGGUAUUUUCAAAUUAAUUUUGCCCUUAUGAACUUUAGUGCCAUAUAUGAAACUAUCAAAAAUGCAAGGGAAAAUGCACUGUGCAAUUCUUAUGAAUCUUCUUUAAUAUAUUAUGAAGGCGCCAUUAAUCAAAUAUCCAAAUUGUUUACCCAUAACACAUUAUCAGGAAAUCAAAAACAAAAAUGGGAAGAUAUGAAAGAAUAUCUAAUUAAGGAAUGCCAAUAUGUUCAAGAAAUUCAAAAUGAAUUAAAUAAUUUUACUAUUGGGAAUUUCAGUAAUUUAGAUAAUACAUCUACACAAAUAGUAAAUGAUCCUGAUGUUUGGCCAGCUCCACCUCAAUCAACAUCCAAUAAUAAUACAACUAAUCAAAGACGAACACAAAUUUUGCCUAAAAAGAAAAUUAUAGUAAAUCAAAAAAUUAACAAACCAAUUGUUUCAUCAAAAAAUUUAAAAGUAAAUAUUUCAAAUAAAGUGGAUAAUAAAAGCAAGAAAAAUCCUAAAGAAUCAGCUUCAAAUCUGGCAAAUUUGUAUAAUAGUAUAAACACAAAUUUGCCUAUAGACUCAAAUUUGACUUCUAUCUCAGGCAGUACUAAUCAUAUAUUAGAGAGAAAAUUUGAGUGCUUUGGUUAUGAUACUGAUUUAGUGGAUAUGAUUACUAGGGAUUUAGUUUCAAAAAACCCAAAUGUCAAAUGGGGAGAUAUAGCAGGAUUGGAAGAAGCCAAACGUUUAUUAGAAGAAGCUGUAGUUUUACCCUUGUGGAUGCCUGGGUUUUUUACUGGUAUACGUAGGCCAUGGAAAGGUGUCCUCAUGGUAGGUCCUCCAGGCACCGGCAAAACAUUGUUAGCAAAGGCAGUGGCCACUGAAUGUGGAACUACCUUCUUUUCCAUCUCUUCCUCCACUCUCACCUCUAAGUAUAGAGGCGAUUCCGAAAAAUUAGUCAGAUUACUCUUCGAAAUGGCAAGAUUUUACGCGCCAUCUACAAUUUUCAUUGACGAAAUUGAUUCGGUUUGUUCCAGAAGGGGAACUGAUACCGAACACGAAGCUAGCAGAAGGGUAAAAUCCGAGAUACUCGUUCAAAUGGAUGGUUUAUCCGUUCCAUCAGACACAUCUGAUACAACUUCCUCUUCGUCUACAGUUGAAAAAUUGUCUCCAAACGAUAACACCCUGACAUCCAACACUAUUGACACAGCAAACGAAAAUCCCAAAUUAGUAAUGGUUUUAGCCGCCACCAAUUUCCCUUGGGAUCUCGAUGAAGCUCUCAGAAGAAGGCUAGAAAAAAGAAUUUAUAUUCCUCUACCUGAUGAGCCAGCUAGGGAAGAAUUGCUCAAGAUAAAUCUCAAAGAAGUGGAACUAGCUGAAGACGUAGACUUAUCUCGUAUCGCCAAAAAGCUUGAGGGGUAUUCUGGCUCUGAUAUAACUAACGUUUGUAGGGAUGCCUCCAUGAUGUCGAUGAGACGAGCUAUAGCUGGUCUAUCACCGGAUGAGAUAAAAAGUUUGGAUAAAGAGCAACUCUCCAACAUGCCUACUUCAAUGAACGACUUCGAAUUAGCUAUUCGCAAGGUUUCUAGAUCUGUCUCGCGCGCUGAUCUCAAAAAAUACGAGGACUGGAUGAAGGAAUUCGGAUCAAUUUAGAUUCUCCAUCCUCUAAUCUUUCAACAUCUCCACUUUCCCCUAUCCUUGUAUUUCUUCCCCUUCUUUCCCUCAUGUCAUCCUUUUCACUCCUAUUCUCAUAUUUAUUCCUGUUUAAAUAUCAGUAAAUCACGAGCUUUUAUUAGAAAUUAUAAUUAUAUCAAUAUUAUUUAGUCGAGGGAAAGGGGGGGGGGGGUGAUAUCGCUUAUUAAAUUUUUUUCAAAUAUCAAUAUUACCUUUUAAAUAUUAUGAAUUAGUAAUUAUAUAUUCUACAAGUUUAAAGAUCGGUCUCUUGUAAGGUCAGCCUGGAGAUACUGGAAAUGAUGGUUCAAAAAUUUAGAUCAAAACAUAAAUAUUUUUCCAAAAAUACAUACCAAAUUUUUACCAUUUAUUCAAAUAUUUUUUUUUUCCGUUAAAAAAAUAUAUAUCUCAUCCAUUUUUUUUAUUCUAUUACUAAUUUUUUUAUACUAGUAAAGUAGCAUAAUUUUUUUUUAAAAUUAAAUUAAUAUUUUAUGGGGACAAGUUUUUUUUAAAUUCGAGUCUCAAGAUAUCUUAUCAUUUGCAAUUGUAAUUCAGUUUUAAAAAAUAAUAUUGGCAAUUUUUUUUACUAACUAUGCAUUUAAUACAAAUUGCUCGAU